AUGAAUCCCUCAGAAGAGGCUCUGGAUGCUAUGGUAGCCCUUGUUGAGGCCCAGUUGUUGCACAGCGAUGGUCCUGCCUCACCAGACCUGCUCAGUGAGCUGCAUGGGUCACCUGCACCUGCCUCAACCCCCGAGUCUCAAACUGACAACUCGGAGCAGUCGACACUGGAACGUUCUCCAGCCACGACAAGAGAGGUCUCACACCGUCCACUUGGACCUGCCCCACGAAAGACCUUCUACCCUGCUCAAAGGCCUCCUUACUCCCGAAUGGCCCAUGCCUCUCCACAGGACAGGGCAACUUCCUCUCAACCGUCUCUCCCUUUAUACAUGAUGAUCCCUGGACCAAAACUCGUGCCUGUCCCCUCCACUGGACCAACACGUCAUUGUCCAGCGAUGAUCCAUGGACCAGCAAUGUUCCAGGCAAAGCAACCGGUUUUCUAUACAUCCCAAGCAACGGCUGGAAAUGUCCCUUCAAGGAAGAGGAAGCGGGAUGCAGAUGACGCUGGGAGGCCGUAUAUCAAGAAACCUCUGAACGCCUUCAUGAUUUACAGAGCAGAGCAGAGAGGAGCCAUCAUGCAGGAGCUUGGCAUUACCAACUCAGCAGAAGUCAACACCAUCCUCGGCGAGAGAUGGGGCGAGCUAUCUGAGGCAGAACAAGCUCCGUACUAUGAGAAAGCCCGAGUGCUCAAGAGAGAGCACCAGGCCAAAUACCCUGAUUGGUCCCCUAAAGACAACUCCAUUGUCAACCUCAGUGCUACGGCCAACCUCCAUCCUAUGGUCAUCCUCCAGUCUAUGGCCGACCCCCAGUGUAUGGUACACCCCCUGUAUGUGUCCACACCCCGGCCCGUGUGGAUAACAUGGUCCACCAGAACCCACCUGGUAUCCCGGUGA